AUGGAUCUCAAAAGCAACGUUUCGAAGUACCUGGUUGUGUGCUGUGUGUCUAUGCUGCUGGGCCUGACCAUGGCGAAAGGAAAGAAGGGGACAAAGGAGAGGUGUAACGAAACACUGAUCAUCCCUUCAGACUUCUACAAGAUUCCCACAGAGGAAUCAGAGGGAAAUGGGAACAUUCACACACGCUCUCUGUCACCCUGGACCUGGAAAACCACUACAGUGGAGAACCGUCUUCCUCAGACCAUGUGGGAGGCCGAGUGCAGCUUUAUGUACUGUGACAACCCCACCAACAGCAGCCAGUACAUGCGCUACGGGCAGAACUCUGUACCUAUCUACCAGCAGGUCUUGGUACUCUACACUUCAGCCACCAGGAAGUGCUACAGCGCCUCUUUCGUGUCUGUUGCCGUGGGGUGCACCUGUGCCUGGGCAAGGACUAGUUGA